AUGAUCUUUGGUUCAAUCACUUUAGGAUCAGAUUCUGAGGAGACUUUAGAGUCAUCUACCUUAGGAUUCUUGGAGACAGCGAUGGGGUCAACUCUGGAGACCUCACCUACAAAAAAGACCGAUAAAACAGAGCGGAAAAGACAGAGGAGAGAAACUCCAGUAAAUGAGGCCGAACAUGAACCCGUCCCGGACAGCGCUGCCCAUUAUCCCCCAGAACCUGAACCCGUCCCAGACAGCGCUGCCCAUUAUCCCCCAGAACCUGAACCCGUCCCGGGCAGCGCUGCCCAUUAUCCCCCAGAACCUGAACCCGUCCCAGACAGCGCUGCCCAUUAUCCUCCAGAACCUAAACCCGUCCCGGACAGCGCUGCCCAUUAUCCCCCAGAACCUAAACCCGUCCCGGACAGCGCUGCCCAUUAUCCCCCAGAACCUGAACCCGUCCCGGACAGCGCUGCCCAUUAUCCUCCAGAACCUGAACCCGUCCCGGACAGCACUGCCCAUUAUCCCCCAGAACCUGAACCCGUCCCGGACAGCGCUGCCCAUUAUCCUCCAGAACCUGAACCCGUCCCGGACAGCGCUGCCCAUUAUCCUCCAGAACCUGAACCCGUCCCGGACAGCACUGCCCAUUAUCCCCCAGACCUGAACCCGUCCCGGACAGCGCUGCCCAUUAUCCUCCAGAACCUGAACCCGUCCCGGACAGCGCUGCCCAUUAUCCUCCAGAACCUGAACCCGUCCCGGACAGCGCUGCCCAUUAUCCUCCAGAACCUGAACCCGUCCCGGACAGCGCUGCCCAUUAUCCCCCCAGAACCUGAACCCGUCCCGGACAGCGCUGCCCAUUAUCCUCCAGAACCUGAACCCGUCCCGGACAGCACUGCCCAUUAUCCCCCAGAACCUGAACCCGUCCCGGACAGCACUGCCCAUUAUCCUCCAGAACCUGAACCCGUCCCGGACAGCACUGCCCAUUAUCCCCCAGAACCCGAACCCGUCCCGGACAGCACUGCCCAUUAUCCCCCAGAACCUGAACCCGUCCCGGACAGCGCUGCCCAUUAUCCCCCAGAACCUGAACCCGUCCCGGACAGCGCUGCCCAUUAUCCUCCAGAACCUGAACCCGUCCCGGACAGCACUGCCCAUUAUCCCCCAGAACCUGAACCCGUCCCGGACAGCACUGCCCAUUAUCCUCCAGAACCUGAACCCGUCCCAGACAGCACUGCCCAUUAUCCCCCAGAACCUGAACCCGUCCCGGACAGCACUGCCCAUUAUCCCCCAGAACCUGAACCCGUCCCGGACAGCGCUGCCCAUUAUCCCCCAGAACCUGAACCCGUCCCGGACAGCGCUGCCCAUUAUCCCCCAGAACCUGAACCCGUCCCAGACAGCGCUGCCCAUUAUCCUCCAGAACCUAAACCCGUCCCGGACAGCGCUGCCCAUUAUCCCCCAGAACCUGAACCCGUCCCGGACAGCGCUGCCCAUUAUCCCCCAGAAUCUGAACCCGUCCCGGACAGCGCUGCCCAUUAUCCCCCAGAACCUGAACCCGUCCCGGACAGCGCUGCCCAUUAUCCCCCAGAACCUGAACCCGUCACGGACAGCACUGCCCAUUAUCCCCCAGAACCUGAACCCGUCACGGACAGCACUGCCCAUUAUCCCCCAGAACCUGAACCCGUCCCGGACAGCGCUGCCCAUUAUCCCCCAGAACCUGAACCCGUCCCGGUCAUUAUUCCCCAUAUUUUAGCCAUUGAACCCCUCGCCCACUGGAUCUGGAUGAAGAAGAUUAAGGGAAUGGAUGUGAUGACAUUUUGUUUGUCUUUUCUCCUCUGA